AUGCACAGUACCAUGUAUCAAGUUGAAUAUGCCACGGAGCAGGAUGCCACAGGGCUGGCCGAGGUCAAUACUCUGAGCUUUGCCAAUCGAUUGAUGUUUGGCGGAUUUUUCCCUGGAGCCAGUCAACCGGCCUUGCGAGACUACAAGGCCAUGUAUGUCAUGAAGCACUUCGUCAAUCCCGAGAUACACGUUCUCAAGAUCACAGAUCCCAUUGAGAAUGAGAUUGUUGGCUAUAGUCGAUGGCAUAUCCCCACCACUUUCAGGGAGCCUCAUGUGCCAAAAUUGAGUGAAAAGGCCAAGAUCGCCGCUCAAGAUCCAUUGGUGUUUGCACCUCAACCUAGGAAUGAAAAUCUGAAGACAGCAUUCCGUGUUCUCCUCGAGGGAAGACGUAGGCGACAUACCACAAAUCGAGACAUUGGUCUGUUCAUCCUUCGCCUCUCACUUUUCAGUACUAAUCCUUAUGUAGUUUUGGAACUACUAGCGACAAUGCCCUCCCAUCAAGGACGUGGAGUAGGAUCAGCCUUGCUUCGCUGGGGAACUACUCAAGCUGAUGCCUUGCAAGCUCGCAUCUACCUCGAGGCAACCCCUCAGGGCUAUCCGCUCUAUUUGAAGCAUGGUUGGAAGCCUGUGGAAAAGAUCACUCUGGACUACGGUCAAUAUGGGUCGGAAGGACAGGAGGGCUUCAUCCUUAUGAUGAGGGAUCCAAGGCCAAUUUCAGUGACUAUAUAA